AUGAGUGAAUUCGCUUCUUUCGGCGGCGCUGACGAGGAGUAUGCCUCGGUGCGCAAGUACCAGGCUGAAGUGGAAACGGACCCCGAUAAUUUUGAGAGCUGGGAGAAUUAUAUCAAGUCUUCUGAGACUCUGGAUGGCGGAUUAAAUCGCAACUCAAGCCCCCAAGCUUUGUCCACCUUUCGCGAAGCCUACGACCGUUUCCUACACAAAUUCCCAUUACUAUUUGGUUACUGGAAGAAGUAUGCGGACAUGGAAUUCAACAUUGCUGGCCCUGAGUCGGCAGAAAUGGUCUAUGAACGAGGAUGUGCAUGCAUUACCAACUCUGUCGACUUGUGGACCGACUAUUGCUCCUUCAAAAUGGAGACGACUCACGACCCUCAGAUUGUCCGAGACCUUUUCGAACGUGGAGCAAGCCUGGUUGGUCUUGAUUUCCUUGCCCACCCUUUUUGGGAUAAGUACAUCGAAUAUGAAGAGAGACAAGAAGCGCAAGACCGCAUCUACGCUAUUCAUGCUCGGAUAAUUCGCAUUCCCAUGCACCAGUAUGCCCGUUACUAUGAGCGUUUCCGCAAUCUUGCGCACACUCGCCCGCUGGCUGAAGUAGUGCCAGCUGACGUUCUCAGCCGCUUCCAAGCUGAGGUUGAGGCCGAGUCGGCAGCUCAGGGCAGCGGCUCACGGCCAGAGUUGGAGGUGGAGCGGGAUAUCAGAGCCAAGAUUGACGCCAUGUACUAUGAAGUCUUUACCGCCACUCAACAGGAAGUAUCAAAGAGGUGGACUUAUGAAUCAGAAAUCAAGCGCCCCUACUUUCAUGUCACCGAACUGGAGCACUCGCAGCUGAAUAAUUGGCGCAAAUACCUGGACUUUGAGGAAACCGAGGGGGAUUUUGACCGCGCAGUUUCUCUCUACGAGCGAUGCCUGGUGACGUGUGCCUUCUACGACGAGUUUUGGUUCCGAUAUGCUCGAUGGAUGGCUGCAAAGGACGGCAAAGACGAGGAGGUGCGACACAUCUACAUCCGCGCAUCCAUUUUCGUGCCAAUCAGCAGACCUGGCAUCAGAAUGCAGUGGGCAUAUUUCGAGGAGAGCUGCGGGCGAGUUGAUGUCGCGGCGGAUAUUCAUGCAGCAAUUCUCAUGAAGCUACCCGACUGCGUGGAAGUGGUUGUCUCUUGGGCACACCUGCAACGCCGUCAAAACGGACUCGAUGCCGCCAUUCAAGUGUAUCGAGACCAGAUUGACGCACCAACAGUCGAUCUUUACACCAAAGCCGCGUUGGUGGCAGAGUGGGCUCAGCUGUUGUGGAAGGCCAAGGGCUCCGCCGAGGAUGCCAGAGCUGUUUUUGUCAAAAACUCGCAAUGGUAUGGCGACAGUCUUGUAUUUUGGGAGAAGUGGUUUGCUUUCGAGUUGGACCAGUCUGCAACUGGCGAGGAAGACAAGGAGACUGCCGAACGCAUUAAGAAUGUGUUUGAUGAUUUCCGUACCAAGAGCAGAUUACCUGUCAUCAUCAAGCGGGAAUUGGCCAAGACUUAUAUGAAUUACCUUGUCCAAAGAGGCGGUAAGGAUGCCAUGGCUGUCUUCCUGGAGGUGGAUCGUGAGAUGUUUGGACCUGCCUCAAUAUCCACCAAAUCGACCAGUGGCCCCAAGGAAAAUGGCACCAUUGGAGGGGAGUUGGAUGAAGCCAGCAAACGGAAGGCUGAGGCAAGAUUGCUCGCAUUCUACGAAGCCCACGUCGACCCCAACACUGCAGCACAGGGACCUGCAGACUUCAAUUAA